GUGCAGCUAAUACAGGAUUACAGGACAUCAUGGACAUGACUCCCACCCCCAGCUCUGGUAAUAGUAACCUGAAUGAAGCCAACAAUUGUGGAGUGGACCUCAGCCAAGAUGCCAUCUACCUUCCUGUAAUCUACAGUAUCUUCUUCAUCAUUGGCACUCCCCUCAAUCUGAUGGCCCUAUUCGGGCUCUAUCGUCUGAUCAAGUCUGAAAACGUCUUACCGGUGUACGUGAUCAACCUGCUCCUUUCGGAUCUCCUCCAACUGUUCACUGUACCUCUAUGGAUUGACUACUAUCGCAGGGGUCACAACUGGCGAUUCGGGUCCACUUCCUGCCAGUUAUUGGGAGUCAGUUUCUACGUCAGCAUUUACACCGGCAUUGCCUUCAUGUGCAUCAUCGCUUUGGAGCGCUACUUGGCCAUCGCCAAGCCUCUGAGAUUCCAAGCAUUGAGAAAGCUGAAGUUUGCACGAUGGAUAGCCCUUAGCAUAUGGGUCGUGGUAGCCGUGCCUCCAUCCAUCGUCUUGCAUAAAAUGCAACCCAACGACAAUCACACCCUGUGUAUCGAGAGCUACCCUUCCAAGGAGGGGUUCAUCAUCUACCGAUUGAUCACCUUAUCCCUGUCCUUCAUCAUCCCUCUCGCCUUCAUCGUGAUCCUCCACCGGAAGACCCUGAGGUCUUUGUCAGCCAUUGGUACCUUGGGAACGGAAGAGAAGCACCGCAUCAGGGGGCUUCUCAUUCUGCUGAUGGUCAUCUUCAUCCUGGUCCUCGGCCCCUACCACAUCACAGGAUGUGUGAAGUACAUUGGAUUGCUUCUCCACGGUGACGCCUGUGAGUGGGAGAAGACAGUGUUUGUGCCCUACCAGCUGGGCAGGGGUUUGCUGAGCCUCAACAGUGUACUGGACCCUAUACUUUAUACGUUCCUGAGGAGUGACUUCAGGGCGGCUGCGGGCCAUUACCUGCCCUGCCUGAGGAGAAUGCAGGAGUCUGUAUGCAGGACUGUGAGUCAUCAGAGGACCAACACUCAGACCCCUAGUACUCUCUCAGAUCACUCUGAUUCUAUCUAAACCCAAACCAGACAUUUGUAACAUACCUGUACAGGAUGUACAGUACCUAGCUAGAUGCUAUCUGC